AUGAAACUAUACUCACUGGUCCAUCGACAUGUGUUCAAAUUUAACGCCAAGGGAGCUGGAGGAUGGACGACAACGGUUCUGUCGCGUCGAGGUCAUCACGCUGCCGCUAUCAAGGAGGCGUACGAACUCAGUAGGCAGGGUGACGUCUCAUUCGAAACGUCAGCUGCACUGGUAACAGAGCGUCUCAGUCAUGUUCGCGGGUCAACACUGUCUACCCAGGAGGCAUUUUACACUCUGCAAUUAUGUCUCAAAUUUGGGUAUUUCUACCGUGAUCUACUACGUGACUGUCUGGCAGUAGUGGAGGCAGAUUUUUUCAGCCCCGCACUAACAGAUGCCUGGAACGGAGAACCUCCACUGAUCACCGAAUCGAACUCCGACGUUCCUACUAAUUGUUACCAUGGAGUGAAUGCAAUGUCCAUCCGAGACAAGGCAGCGAUGAUUGUGUGGCAGGACAAGUUGUCGUCCCGACGUAAGAAACAUAGAUCUGCUGUGGCUUCAAACAAAUUUAAAGGAACAUCCGAGCUGGAUCCGGAGCGUCGUGAGGUUUUCACGACGAAGAAGCUAGGAAAGGUAUUAGAUCCCAAGCCGCUUAAGGUUCGCGUACAAACGAUGGUUCCUGGAAAGAAACUGUGUGGUACAUUAGCACUACAGCUGAGAGAAGCCAUUUCUUGUGGAUCUCUAGCCGACGUGUGUGAUAUAUGCGCCAUGUUUUCCGUUAAACGACCCCUAAGUGGUAAGCUAAACGACGACACCAUAGAACUGUUGACCAAUCGACUAUGCGAAUUUACAGAAGAGGAUUUAUGUACACAUAUACACCAUAUUGCCAUUCUCUGUGCAGCGGCAGCUGCACGUACGGUAGAAACGUGGUCACAUCACAGGGCAUCGGAAGGCCUUCGGUCUUUGGAAGCGCACCGCCUUUAUCGCAUCUCACGGAAGCAACUUUCCCAAAAAUUUUUGAAAAAGCUAUCAUCUGCUGUUGGCUUAUAUUCAGAAGGUCGCAUACAACCUGCGGCUCUUGGGGCUCUUACCGUGGAAAAGUUGGAUUUGUUGAAUCAGCACAUUAAUACACUGCGUUUGUUGGCCCGUUCGGAUCUUCCCCUUUCAAUGUCUACGUGGGACCGAUUGAUGGCACUCGUGGCAAAAUACCUCGAUUAUGGCUGUGUCCCUGAUGUGCGUACUGCUAUAUGGCUGCUCGAAGCGAUAAUCGCGGCAAAGUACACAACGCCAACUACUGUUGAUGUGACGAGACGUGUACUGGCAUCCUGCAAACCAGAAGAAAAUUUGGUUUCGGAGUGUCGCAAUGUCUCUCCCAUUGAGACUGCUCAGAUUAUACGAUAUUUAUGGACGUAUUCGCUGGCGAAGGAUGCACGGUUGCCAAUUAUUGCCCUCCUAGGAGCGGACCAGUCGAGAUUGGCCUCUUUUUCGUCGCACAUCAGAGCUGAUAUUGAUCACUUGUUGAGUGAUAUGCGUUGCCAUCUCACACCGGAAUUGGCCAUACACUUCGAGCAUUCUGAAGUGUAG